AUGAAUGAUGAAGUACAUAUGUUUACAUUUUUACAUACUAUCAAAUGUCAAUAUGGUGGUCAAUGUGAUGAUAAAGAUCGAAAACAUUUGAGUGAAUAUGAUCAUCCAAAUUAUUGUAUAGAUGAAGGCAAUUGUCAAAAUGUUCAUCAACAACAUUUAUUUGCUUAUCGACAUUUACCAUUAUGUUCAGAUGGAUUUAAUUGUUCGAAAUAUCUCAAGAGAGAUAAUGAUCAUUGUAAAGAAUUUCGUCAUUGUAAAUCUAUUUGUCCUUAUGAUAAUUGUUGUAUUUAA